GAAAUUCGAUUUGACAGCAAAAUAUCUCUUCGCGACUGCAUGCUUUUGUGUACUUUUCUACAGUAGUAAGCAGAACGCGUGUUUUAGUUUCACUGUUUAUCGAAAUACUUCAAUCGAACGUAACAAUUCAAGUGAUAUAGAUAAUCAUGCUCCGUCGCCAGGCCCGACUACGUCGGGAGUACUUAUACCGAAAAGCCGUCGAAGGAAGACACAAGUCGCUGCAGGACAAGAAAGAGAAAAUAAAGAAAGCACUCGAGAACCACACACAAAUUCACGGUGACUUAAAGGCGGAUGCUCUGACGCUGCAAGACAAGCUGAAAUGGAACGAUGAGGGACCAAAGCGGGCGGCCGAAAUUGGUGGAAUCAGUGGUGGUGCCAACACGGCUGACUCCCAGGACGACGAGUAUCGGUACGCUGGGUGCGAAGAUCCGAAAAUCAUGAUUACCACUUCCCGUGACCCAUCGGCGAAGCUGAAACAGUUCGUGAAGGAAUUACGAUUGAUUUUUCCCAACGCACAACGAAUGAACCGAGGCAACUUCGAAAUGAAGCAGCUGGUGCACGCGUGCUGCGCGAACAAUGUUACCGAUUUUAUCGUGGUGCAUGAGCAUCGAGGCGUUCCCGACAAUCUGAUCGUUUGUCAUCUGCCGUACGGACCAACGGCGAUGUUCAAUAUGUCUGGAGUGGUCAUGCGACAUGAUAUUCCCGAGAUUGGUCCAAUGAGUGAACAAAAACCGCAUCUUAUUUUUCACAAUUUCAAAACAAAAAUAGCCGAAAGGACGGUGUCAAUUUUAAAGCAUCUGUUUCCAGUUCCGAAGGAGGACUCCAAACGUGUGAUGACGUUUGCGAAUCAUGACGACUACAUUAGCUUUCGACACCACACAUUCAAAACGGUCGAUAAGGAAUUAGUUAUGACGGAAGUGGGACCUCGCUUUCAGUUGAAACUAUAUCAGAUAAAACUUGGAACUCUGGACCAGCUGGAUGCCGCAGACACGGAGUGGGUCUAUCGACCUUACAUGAACACCGCAGCCAAAAGAAGGUUUCUCUCGGACGAGGACGGUUGGCAACAAGAUGAUGAUGUAUAGCUACAUUGCAUUAAAGUAUUUUUG